UGAUUAAAAUAAAUCGUUAUUCUUGUCUACUAAACCACGGCUACCGGGCCUUUAAAAAUCCAAAUGAUUAUUUGCACUGGAGGACUUCUGCAGAUUCCUGCUCCUGGUUUGAGUUGCAUCCAGCCACAUAAGAAUUAGGAUUUUAUCCUUCGUUUAUCGGCCCUUCAGGUGACAGUUAUGACUUUCUAAUUGCAGCUGGAUUGUCAUAUCGAGCUGCCGGGUGCUGACCCUCUUUCUGGGUACCGGUAGCUACUGACCAUCAUCUUAAGGGCCUUUGCAUUCAGGUGGAAGACCAGGACUUGCUAGGUGACUAUAUCUAUGUCGUCACCCACUUCCAACCGCAGUAGAACUAGAUUGUUCGUCCUUCGGUCAUAGUUUACAGCUAAACCCCCACUGAGGAAUUUGAUUACAGUGGAGGCAAGGUAGGCGAGGCUGUCCCCAUCCUCUCGGCUGCAUCUGCACAAUCUCAGAGGAAACAGGAACUGGGUGGCCUGGCAAUUGCAGUGGAUGAUUGAAUAAAAAGGUUUGCGUCUACAAGAACCGGUAACUGUGGACACUGGAAACCUGAAACACAAACAGAAAGUGCUGAAGAAACUCAGCAGGUCUGGCAGCAUCCUGAGAGAGAGAGAACAGUUUGAGUCCAGUGACCUGUCCUUCUGACGACCCUUGCUUGCCUCCCUGCUGUGUUACUGAUGUACCAUAUUUGGCCACAUGUAGCAAAUGUACGAGGUGCAGGAACUUGGAGGGGUCCUGAUUCAGUUCAGCGGUAAGCAAAAACAUACAGGUUUUGAAUUAUUAAUAUUUUUUAUUAGAUUGCAAAAAUCUAUGCCUUAAGUAACGGGGGGAAAUGAUGAUCAGCAUAUCUUAAAUUACCUUCAGGCCUGACUUAAAGGCUCAAAACAUACUUAAAGGACAACCAAGACAUUUUCCGUUGAUAUCUAAGGGAAAUGUUCAUUCUAUAUAUUAGCCCUCUUGUACUUAUCCUGUAAUACAUCGUUACUCUCUGAAAACAGCUGAGCGCCUCCAAUAGUAAUAGAACUAGAAAGCUGCAUUUCACACAGGUAUCUCCUGAGUUGGAUGAGAAUUGAAUUUUCGCUCUUUUCCAGCUGCACUGACUGUGCCUUCAGUUACUAACUGCUAUGUAUCCAUUGGUUUUAUUGCAAGUUCUUUCUUGUUUGCAAUGGGAAAUUACAUCGGAACUACAGUCAUUCCACUUGCCCAAGGGCAAAAAACCUAAUUGACCAGAGCAAUCAGUGGGAAGUUCCAAACAUUAUGUUCCUUCUAAAGUACCCGCUGCUUUUCCUUAGUUUGAGAGCUGUCAGUAAAGAAUUAAAUAAUAAUACAUCAUGAAUCGUCAAUUUAAUAUAUUUUAAUUAAGUUCCCUAUCACUUUGACUGGAAGUUGGACCUGUAUAAUCACUCCACAGCGAAUAGCCCGGGACAUGGUUACAUCCCAUUUCGUGUCAUCUUAAGUUGUAUUGAAUUGCGAUUUGAUGUACAAAAGAGAAAAAAAAACUACCCCGAUUAUUACUUCUUUAAAAUCUGCAAUGUGGCAAAAAAUCUAAAUGCUCAUGCAGCGUAACGACAGAAGUCCUCGCCCAGAUUUACGUUUUAAUGUCCCCAUCUCGCGUCUUGGUCUUAACAAAGUGCCGGAUCUAAGUAGGAAAGAAGGCUACAGAGAGGCGAGAGUCAAAUAGUUUGAACUUUGGUUAUGCCUCGAGGGCCCCAACUUUGUGUUUGGAAAUCAAAAGAAAGUCCUAGCAGACCCGAGGCGAACGUGACACAUUCUCCCUCAAAGCCUGGAGAGAUAUCUAGUGUGUCUGGUUUGUUUCCAUGCUGUAAACAGUCGCCAGUCCAAAUCAGGAAGUCCGAAUAUAGGUGUAAUGUUAACGUGUGAGCCCGGAACAGUGCCGAGGAUAUGGUUUUUGCAGAGUCUUGUUUGUCGAUUGCAGGCUGUGGUUGAAGGGGCGCUGUGGUUAGUGGAAGCCGUUCACGUCACUCUAGUGCUGGAGUCCUGCUCGUUAACCCGCCUGUGGGGCUGAGCCACACUCAGAGAGAGAGAGAGAGGCAGGCAGACCGAGGAACCACAGCAGCUUCAGCAUUAAACCAGGCACUCAACCCCUCGAUUCGGCACCUCUCCCCGCGCAGCAAGGCAAGAAAAUGCUGAGGUGGGAAUAACAUGUCUGACAACUUUUCGGCAUCACCAGCCUUGAAAACUCGAUAAGAGCAACCGGGAGGGAUCUGAGCCGUGUUUGAGGAGUGAGGGCGACAGUCCUUACAGUGAACCCAUGCGCUGGGGCCGGGAAGUCCAUGCGGCUCCAGGGUUUGCUCGAAGAUGAAGUUUGGAAGCGGCCCCUUGAUCCUGAAUGUUGGGGGAACCCGAUAUUCGUUCCCGAAGGAUAUGAUCAAGGACUUCCCCCUCAGAAGGGUUAGCAGACUUCACAACUGUGUCUCGGAGAAAGAGGUUCUGGAAGUGUGCGAUGACUAUGAUCAGGAGAGAAAUGAGUAUUUUUUUGACAGGCAUUCCGAGGCGUUCGGCUUCAUUAUGCUUUACGUUAAGUAUGGCAAGCUCCGGUUUGUCCCUCACAUGUGCGAGCUGUCCUUUUACAAUGAGUUAAUUUACUGGGGUCUGGACCGCUCGAACCUCGAAUACUGCUGCCAGAGGCGGCUGGAUGACAGGAUGUCUGACACCUAUACCUUCUACUCCGAGGAGGAGGAAGAGCUGAAAAGGCAGAGGAAAAAGGAGUUAAAAAAGAGCUCCUCAUCCAAUAGGAAAUGGCUGGAUAGGAUGAGGAGGACUUUUGAGGAGCCCACCUCGUCUGUAGCGGCCCAGAUUCUGGCAACCGUGUCGGUGGUAUUUGUUAUCGUUUCCAUGGUGGUAUUGUGCGCCAGCACACUACCAGACUGGAAAACAGCCGAGAACAACAGUGUGGAGGAGCACAGGUACACAGAAAAUUUAAUGGGACCAUCAGGGAUAAUCGAAGCGAUCUGCAUGGGUUGGUUCACCGCCGAGUGCAUUGUGAGGUUUCUCGUCUCGAAAAACAAGUGCGACUUUGUGAGAAAGCCUCUGAACAUUAUUGACCUCCUGGCCAUCACGCCGUACUACAUCUCGGUGUUGAUGUCCUUCUUCACCGGCGAGAACUCGCAGUUACAACGGGCUGGGGUGACCCUCAGGGUCCUGAGGAUGAUGAGGAUUUUCUGGGUGAUCAAACUUGCUCGUCACUUCAUUGGCUUGCAGACGCUGGGCUUGACUCUGAAACGUUGCUACCGGGAGAUGGUUAUGCUCUUGGUGUUUAUCUGCGUCGCCAUGGCGAUAUUUGGCGCCCUCGCUCAGUUGUUGGAAAGCGGACUCGACUUGGAGGAUAAGAAUCCAGCCUAUGCCAGUAUCCCGGCCUCCUGCUGGUGGGUGAUCAUCUCCAUGACCACUGUAGGAUAUGGGGACAUGUAUCCCUUCACCAUCCCCGGCAGGAUUCUGGGAGGAAUGUGUGUGGUCAGCGGCAUCGUCCUGCUAGCGCUGCCCAUCACCUUCAUCUACCACAGCUUCGUGCACUGUUACCAUGAGCUCAAAUUCAGAUCAGCUCGCUGUGGUCGGAGCUUAUCACUAGAAUAUCUGAACUGAGAGUGAGGUGAACUAAAUGCAGAGAGGCUCGUGUGGAGCAUUAAGGGGCAAUAUACAGCAGCCAGGCCUAAUGUGCUGUGACCAUUGCAACUAUGUGGUGGUAACUGGGAAUCCAGAGGCUGAGCAUUAAGACACCGUUCAGUUUGAGACAUUUAUGGCAGGAAGACGUGUUUCGAAGCCCCGUGCAAUUAAUAUGGUGGAACAAAUUAAUGCAGAUGCUGGCAUCUGUACUGAAAACAGCAAAUGCUGAAGAUCACAGUGGGUCAAGGCAGCAUCCUUGAACAGAGUUAAAAAU